UUGGCCACCAUCUUGGUAAGACCAUUCUUAGAAACAACACAAAGUGAUAAUAAAUUAGGCAAAGAUGAGUGGUGAAAGGAUAAUCAACAGUGAGAUUCAUGUAGCUAUGUUUCCCUUCCUAGCAUUUGGUCACAUUAGUCCAUUUGUGCAAUUAUCCAACAAGUUAUUCUCUCAUGGAAUUCACAUCUCAUUCUUGUCACCUUCAGCUAACAUUCCAAAAAUCAAAUCAACUUUCAAUCUCAACCCUUCAAUCCAUAUCAUUCCCCUUCACGUCUCAGAUAACUUACCAAGUAACACUUCUAAUUUGCACUCAGGCAUGUUUGGCACACUCAUUCAAGCAAUAGACUCAAUGCAAGAUCAUGUAAAAACCAUUUUGUUUGAACUUAAACCUAAUUUUAUUUUCUUUGACAUUGCAACAAGUUGGAUCCCAGAAAUAGCUUCUGAACUUGGCAUAAAAUCUGUUUACUUCUCGGUCUACUCAGCCAUUUCAGCUUCUUACUUAUGUCCAUCUUCAAGACUUGAUGAUACUAAAGGAAGAGACAUCACUUAUGAGGACUUUAAAAAUCCCCCACUUGGGUAUUUUCCAAAUUCCAAGCUUUCCCUUCAAACCUUCCAAGCCAAAAAUAUCUUCAUAGCACUCUUCCAAAGAUUUAACUUUCAUAAAGUCAUGCAAAACUUUAGUGAAAGCUCACUAAUAGUGUUCAAAAGUUGUAAGGAAAUGGAAGGUCCUUAUCUAGAUUAUUUACAAAACCAAUUUGAAAAACCGAUUCUUUUUUCUGGAGUACUUGUUCCAGAGCCAUCAAUGGACGUGCUUGAGGAAAAAUGGACAAAAUGGUUAGAUAAUUUCCCAACCAAGUCAGUGAUAUUGUGUUCCUUCGGUAGUGAAACAUUUCUAAGUGACGAUCAAAUCAAUGAACUAGCAAUUGGGUUAGAACUAACAAAUUUACCCUUCAUUUUAGUCUUAAAUUUUCCAUCAAAUCUCAAUGCUGAAUCUGAGUUGGAGAGAGCAUUACCAAAAGGGUUCUUAGAAAGAGUGAAGAAUAGGGGAAUUGUGCAUAGUGGUUAGCUGCAACAACAACUUGUAUUGAAGCACUCAAGUGUUGGGUGUUAUGUGUGUCAUGCUGGUUUUAGUUCUGUGAUAGAAGCUAUAGUUAAUGAUUGUCAGUUGGUGUUGCUACCUUUCAAGGGUGAUCAGUUUUUAAAUUCUAAACUCAUUGCUGAUGAUUUGAAGGCUGGGGUAGAGGUGAAUAGGAAAGAUGAAGAUGGAUUUUUUGAGAAAGAGGGAUUGUUUGAGGCUGUGAAAACUGUUAUGGUGGAAGUUGAUAAAGAGCCAGGGAAACAGAUAAGAGAAAAUCAUAUGAAAUGGAGGGAGUUUCUAUUGGAUAAGAAAAUUCAGAACAAAUUCAUCACAGAUCUGAUUGCGCGGUUGAAGUCUUUGGCUUAGUGAACGUUGGGAAUGAUGGUGAAUAUGGUAGAAUCAUGUAUGUCAUUGUGAUUUUGACAAAAACUAUGCUUUAAUGCAUUUAACAAAAUCAAAAUGUCACUAUGAUUUCGUCAAACCCACUGUGAUACUAAACAAACACUUUGUCCACUCAUUGCCAUUGGAAAAUAAAGUUUGCUAAAGACUUGAUUAGCUUUAAGAGUUUUUAUUUUUUCCUUUUUAAGUAAUUGGAUAGGAUGUGUUAGAUAUUAUUGUGUCUGAAAAUCAGUCCUUUAUUGACUGAUUGUAAUGUAUUUAUCGUUAUAAUCUGUGUUCGAUUUUGUGGUAGUCGGAAUUGAUUUUGAUUGAGGAAUUCAUAACAUGUUUAAUCUUA